AUGCAACACCUAUUCCGCAGGUACUGCAAUCGAGAAUUCGACGACGAAAAGGUUUUGAUUCAACAUCAGAAGGCCAAACAUUUCAAAUGUCAUAUCUGCCACAAAAAGCUGUUUAGUGGACCAGGACUAGCUAUUCACUGCAUGCAGGUGCACAAAGAAACGAUCGACAAGAUCCCGGGUGCUGUCCCCGGUAGGGACUCAUCACAGAUGGAGAUUUAUGGUAUGCAGGGUAUACCACCCGGAACUUCUAGAGGAGGUUUGUCUUCAUUACUUUUUCUUUUUUCUUAA